AUGGCUAGCAACGAGAGGGAACCGCCUUGCUACGAGUCAUUGGCUGCAGCGACAGUCUCAUCGCUAGCCAACGAGUAUUCAAGAACAAUCGACGGUGUAUAUGCCCCAAGCAACCAACAACAGCAACCGCAACAAAAUGCUGAUAACUUUCAAACAGGGCCAAAAAAGCAACAACAACAGCAACAAAACCAACCAAAUGAACCCUACUAUCUUCCACUGGACCAAGCGACAUCAUCAACUGCAGCUCAGUUCUCAAAUUAUGAAUCAUUAAAACCUCCAUCUUACGAAGAAACCAUUACCGGUGGCCCAAACCUACUGCCACAACAGCUGCCACAGCAGCCACAACCAUUUCAAAACGCUACAGCACCGCUCUACCAAGCCAGCCCCUACAACUUACCCCUAAACCCACAAAAUUUAAGUAACCAGAGUGCCUCAACCGUUCAUGUGACACCGGUUUACUUCGUGGUACAGCGUAAUAGUGAGCCUCCCAUACAAUUUACUACUGCCUAUGUUCUUUCGGUGUUGGUGCUUUUUUUCUGCUUCUUUCUAUUUGGCACAGUGGCUCUCGUUCUGACUGCAGCAUUCACACCUCACGAUCUAAGUACACAUUGUAUGGAGUACGGUCGAAAUUUUGCAUUCGAACCAGGUGUUGGACAAAACUCAUGGACGAAUGGCUCAAACACUGCGGCUAAACGUCUGAGAAGGGCUUCGUAUGCAUUUUCAAUACUUGGCAUUCUUGCCGGGAUAGCACUCAUCCUCUACAUCAUUCUAUCUACAACUGUUUUUAGUAAGAAACCAUCCUACAAUUAA